AUGGCGCACCGCCUGGCUGCCUUGUUGUUGGUGGCUGCCAGUGUGGGCGUGGUGCGCGAGGUUGCUGCCACCGUGAUACCGACUGGCGCAAAUCAUUUGAUGGAUGCAUCAAGCGAGCAGGCCCUUCAAAAUCCUUCUGAUAACGCCACCGACCUGGCCGGGCUCUGGAGAGUGUCCGGCAUCACAGGCCGCUAUGGCGAUAACUGUCUGUAUAGCACAGGUGCUGCAGCCAGUAUGACCGCCUAUCUGCAGCUGCCCGAGGAGGACUACUGGAGCUUCUACAUCACCGACUGUCCGCACGAGACGCGAAGCACCGUGACAAACGUCGUCAUCACGCAGCUUGAUUUGCCUGAGUCCGAUCCUAACCGCAUGCGCACCGUCAAAGUGGACCAAACCUCGGGCGCCGUCGGUGCUGACAUGUACCGUACCCUCGCUCGGAUAUACAUGCGCGUGGGACUCGUCUCCGUCCAGGUCAAGCAAGACCCCGAUGCCGUCAGCACCAUCGCCCUUGAUGCCAUCAUCAUUAGGCGCGGUGUUGUCAUCGACACUGAGGACACGGACACCUUUGUGCGCAUGGGGAAUGGCGCCCAAUACAAAGUUCCAGCAGCCGGAACGGUCUAUCUUGGCAACAACGUCGUUGCAGGCUCCCAGGACAGUGCCUUUGUCGAAGUGCGCACCCCGGUCGAGGAGGUCCUUUUCAAGAAACUGACCAGCGAUGAAGAUUUUAUCAUCUUUGACGGCGUUUGGCUGACCCGAACUUUGAGCGUGGAUAACGGCAAUCUCGACCAAACAUCCUCCAUCGGCAGUUGGACCCUUUCCACCAGUGCAGACGGAUUUGCCAACUCCAACUAUCUCACCAAGACGGGUGUCGUGGCCGAUGCUUCCACCGCUGAUUUUGCCGAGUUUCGUUGGAACUUUAACGUCCGCUUUCCCGGCAUUUACCGCAUCGGACUCACGCACAAGAGUCUGGCCAACGCUGCCACGUCUGCCUUGGUCGGAAGCAGCAAUGGCCCCUACGCGCAGUAUAUUCAAACCAACGAUCAAAGCACGGCGCUCGGCACCCAAAAUCAAUUCUCCUCGAGCGCCGGCCAGGUGUAUUUUGAUGCAGGAUCACAUGCCGUUUGGAUCAAUAACAUCCACGGCCUUGCCUCCUCGGCCACCACGGUCUUUCAAGCGGACGCCGUUCACAUUGAGCCCGUACGUAACGUCCUCCUGGAUCCCUCCACAACUCCCGAUGAAGUCACUCUGAAUGGGGCCUGGGAGUCGUUUUCAAGUGGCAGCUUGAGUUACAUCGGCGAUACUUACCAUCUCGCUUACGCGAGCGCCUCGACGGCUUUGUACAAUACUCCCAAGGUGUAUGGUGUGAUGGAAGUGGAUGUGGAAGUGCAUAUCGUGCCCUAUGCGUCAAGGUCCAAGAAUGUCAGCUAUACGCUCCACACUGAUCUCAAUCCAAGGCCCGUGGCUCCCACUUUUCUUGAUCACUCAACGAGUGCCAAUAGCAAUACCUUUCUUUUUCGUACCCUCGUGUUCCCCCGAGCUGGGCAGAUUGAGAUUGCCAACGCCUAUGGCGCAGGCUCUGUCUGUGCUGAUUCAAUGACCUUUCGGCCUGUACGCUCGAUCCCGCACCAGUUUCUUGAUACCGAUGACACUUCGGGCAAGUUUUCCCGUGUUCACAACAAUGCCUACCACGGCGUUGGCUAUUAUCACGAUUCCAGCACGAACUCUGAAUGCACUGUCACGUUCAACUUUGAUGUUGAGCACCCGGGCCUCUAUGCAUUGAUUGGCUUUUUCCCCACCUUCCGGGACCGUGCCACAAGCGUCCCUCUCACCAUCACUGAUGCGCAGGGUCAAGUGACCCACUUGACAAUUAAUAUGUCACGCCCAACCAACAACGUUCGCCAGCUGGCCCGUCUCGAGCUUCCGGUCGGAAGCUUGACCGCUACCAUCUCCAAUGAUUUGACCAGUCUCGAUCGAGGCUAUGUCAAUGUCGAUGCCAUGCUUCUCACCUUAUUGAACGAAACCUGUGAUUACGUUUCAACCAAGGAUGCAAACAUCGACAGCCUUGUGCACCGCUGCCAGUUGAUGGAGCCCUGUCUACCUGGAGAAUUUCGUUCGGAUCUUGAUCAGUGUUCGGCCUGUGCAGCCAAUACGUUCAGCACCGGUAACAAUGCCGUGGCCUGUGACCCACAUUCAACGUGUGAGGCGGGUUGGAUUACGCAGAGUGCCCCCACAAGCUCCACUGAUCGAGUUUGCGUCCAGUGUGGGGAGAAUGAAUUUGCCGACAAUGGCGCCACCUGCAACCCAUGCCGCACGAGUUGCGGCAAUGGCUUUCAUAUGGAGACAAAUUGCACCAGUGUGGCAGAUGCGGUGUGUGUUCCAAAUUCAGAUUGCACGAACACCCAAUACAUUGCGUCUUCUGGUGAUGGUGUAAACGAUGUUGUGUGCGGUGACUGCACUGUGUGUCAUCCUGGCGAAUACAUGACGCACGAUUGCGACGAAACCAGCAACCGCAUCUGUGUGGCAUGUGACGGCGUCACGGGCUACAGUGACAGCACCAACGCUGCUAGCUGCACGAGUACCAGCUCUUGUGACACUGGCUCAUACCUGUCACAGCCUCCGACAGCCAGCUCGGAUUUGGAGUGUGUACCCUGCAUGGCAGGCACGGCAGAUCACGAUUCCUUAGUGACAACCGAGUGCCAAACUUGCCAGCCGGGUACCUAUGUGCCGGCCGGCUCCACCGGGCCUUGUGCCUCAUUUGCCUGCGCAGCGGGGCAAGCCGACACGGAUAGUAACCCCAGGACGGCGUGCGAGAGCUGUUAUAAGCUCGGCAAAUACCAGAACACCAGUGGGGCUACUGUGUGCAACGUGCCUCGCGUUUGCCCAAUUGGUACCACCAUGCAAAGUGACUACACCGCGACCACUAAUCGCGUUUGCGUUGCCUGCGCCUCGGGCAAGCAUAAAAACGCAGCCGGCACGCAGGCUUGCGUCGCCCAUUCCACCUGUGGCGUGGGCAUGGGCGAGUCAGUCGCGCCGACUUCUAGCAGCGACCGCGAGUGCAUGAGUUGCGGUGCUGGUUUGACCUUCAACGAUGGGCGCGGCCAAGUGUGCCUCACUUGUGCGACAUGUGACGGUGCCAGUGAUGAGUUUAUCGCACAAAACUGCACGGCUACGAGUGACACGAUAUGCGAGACCUUUGCAGGUUGUGAAGCUGGAAGCUUCCAGGUGGGGAAGAAUGAUGGCAUUUCACCUGCACAAUGUCAAGGUUGCCGGAUUUGUCAAUCGGGUGAAUACAUGGUGACGGAGUGCGGCGCAUCUUCGGAUCGAACAUGCCAAGCAUGCGGCGUCGGCAAGUUUAGCACCGGUGUCAACGUCCUCGAGUGCACCGAUCAUCAAGUGUGCGCGGAGGGUUCCUAUCAGUCUGCGAAUGGAACGGCAACGAGGGACACCUCUUGUGAGUUGUGCGUCGCAGGCUCGAUUGACGAUGACCAUGAUCCACACACGGCAUGCGUGACGUGUGAGGUGGGCACCGCGCAAACGGAGGUCGGGGCGUUUGAGUGUACUGCCUGCCCAGCGGGCUGGGCAGACUUGGAUGCUGAUCCCAGCACGCCGUGUGAGCCUUGCGAGGCUCAGGUCAGCUAUCAGCCACUCAAAGGCCAGGUUCGCUGUCUAGCGGUGGUUGACUGCCCUCCUGGCGCGCGUGAGAGCGAGGCGCCAAGCGUUACGGCCAACCGCGGCUGUGAAGCCUGUUUCCAAGGCCUAGACUACAGCAGCGCCGUCAACAGCCCAGCGUGUACUCCUGCCACACAGUGUCAGGCUGGCGAAGAACAGGCUGUAAUGGCCACCACGACAUCUGAUCGCGUCUGCCGGACUUGUCCGCUUGGUACCUUCAAGGCCAGCGGGGACUCGGCCACGGCCACGCCACCGGCAUGCAACGCCUGGCGCGUGUGCACAGCACCCGAGACGUAUGUGUGGCAAAACGGCACGACUACAAGCAAUGUGCAGUGCGCUUCAAGCCGGGUGGUGACGUUUCUGCUGACGAUGAAGCUGACGAUGGAGGCUGGCGGAGCCUUUGAGCGUGGACUUUUAGCAGCUUUUCAAUCUGCUUUGAUAGAGAGCAGCGAUUACGGAUCGCACGUGGUUGGAGUGGCCCCCAUCUACGAAGAAAUGACGAGCCGUCGUCGAGCAGUCCAGGUACUCAUUGGGGCAUAUGGCAUGUUUGACAACUCAACCCUGAAUCAAACGGAGGAUGAGGCAUUUGGCCAGGAGGUAUCCUUUGCCUACAACGGCACGACCAUGGUCGCCGAGCUGGGCGUGGCAUCAACGACCACCACGACAAGCGCACCUACCACGACGGGCAACAGGGCUGCUGGUGACCCCAGCGCGUCAACUGGUUCGAGUGGCUCAGAUGCCUUGGUUUUGGGCGUAGCGAUUGGCGCUAGCGUGUUGGGCGUGUUUGCGGGUGUGGGCGUGCUCUUGUUUGUGCAAGCCCGUCGUCGCAAAUUGUCUCGCAAGGCUCAGGAGCGAGACAUGAUCGGCUUUGAGAAUCCCAUGUAUGACAACCACGAGCGCGAGAAUCCAGUGUACGAGUCGGAGGGCGUAGGCCUGGAGGAUGCUGGUCAUUACGAUAGCCUGGGCCAUGCUGAGCCAUUCGGCCAUGACCAGCAGCAGAGGCCCGACUUUGGCGAACCCGGAUACUUGGAUGUUGGCGUCGAAGAUGCAGCAGAGGACUUGGAUCCAAUUCAAGAUGGAUACCUGGAGCAAGGCUUUGAGGGCGCAGAGGAUACGGGCUACCUGGAUCAACAAUUUGACGAAGCCGAUUCGGAAUUUCCCUAA